AUGGCCAGUGCCAGAGCCGAUUCAGUUCCUACGGCAUGGGCAAAGGAUAACUCCUCACUCCUGGAACGAGGAACAGUGCGGGGUGGCGGUAGACGCGCUUCCGAACUGCAGCUCGCAGAGGAUGUUAUUCGCAAAAUCGACCGGCGCAUCCUCCCACUGCUAUUUGUGACGUACAAUUUCAACUUUAUGGACAAGGUCAUUCUAUCUAGCGCAUCGGUUUUUGGGCUUCGGGAAGACACUCAUCUUGUCGGGUCCCAGUAUAGCUGGAUUUCCAGCGUGUUUUACUUCGGAUACCUGUUCUGGACUUUUCCCACAUCUAUCCUGAUCCAACAGCUACCUGUGGGCAAGUAUGUAUCUGCGAAUACAUUUUUCUGGGGCGCCGUUGUCGCGUUGACCGCGGCUUGCUCAAACUUCGGCGGAUUAAUGGGUGUCCGAUUCCUCCUGGGGGUUGCAGAGGCAACAAUUUCACCGGCAUUCGUCUUUGUCACGUCGAUGUGGUGGACGCGUGAGGAGAUUCCUGCGCGCUGUGGAGUAUGGUUUGCGGGGAACUCCCUCGGUGGACUGCUAUCAAACUUCCUGGCUUUUGCCAUCGGCCAUAUAAAGAGGCCUCUUGCAGCUUGGCAGUGGUUAUUCAUUCAAGUCGCUGGAUUCAACUCCUUACCUGUCUUUGACUGCGUUCCUUUCCAGGUUCUCGGCGUGGCUACCUUCCUUUGGGGGGUUUUCUUGCUUUUCCUCCUCCCAGACACAAUCGCUUCCUGCGAUUUCCUGAAUGAAAGAGAAAAAAUCUAUGCGGAGCAUCGUGUGGAGUUUGCUGGCACGGGGAAGAUCCGACACGAGUGGAAACGGGAUCAAGUGAUCGAAUGCCUCAUGGAUCCUAAAACCUUCCUAUUUCUUAGUGUUUCGGUCUUGACCCAAAUACCCAACGGUGGAACCCAAAACUUUGGCAACCUGGUCCUCAAGGGCUUUGGCUUUUCGCCCCUGGAAACUACUCUAAUUAUCACCCCAGCAUCUGUCCUGUGCAUUUCCACAGUUCUCAUAACCGGCUGGUUCUGUAGCAAAUACCACAAUGUGGCGACGUAUCUUAUCUGCGGAAUCGUUGCAUUCCCAGUCGCCGGGAGUGCGAUUAUCUACUCAAACGUCAGCAAGGGCGUCAAAUUAUUUGGAUACUAUCUCAUGUCACCAGGGCCAGCAGCACUACCCCUCACCAUGUCGCUGGUAGCAGUCAACUACAAGGGCUCAACGAAGAAAAUGACCAUGACAGCUAUUUUAUUCGUAGCCUAUUGUGCUGGAAAUAUUGCGGGUCCCCAAUUUUUCAUAUCAGCAGAGGCUCCCCAUUACCCAACGGCCUUCCGCGCUAUUCUCGUUUGCUACUCACUAGUAGUGGUAAGCGCACUUGCGCUCAGGUUUUACCUAAAUUGUCUUAAUCGGAAGCGCGAUGAGAAGGAGCGUGUGCCAGCGGUGGGAAAUGAAAGCGGCAUGGCGAAUAAGAUUAACCCAACUUCGGGGGAGGAGGAAGAGGAAGAGCUCACAGAUUUCCAUGCCAGAGGUUUCAGGUAUCGGACAUAG